AUGCCCGUUUUUUUGUUGUCAAGAGUGUUUAUCGAAGAUGGAAGACUGUAUUUCUUGGAUGCAGACGCUCAUCCACUAGUUCUCAAACAACUUUGUGAAGAUGUUCAGUUGGUUGCUCGCCACUGUGGGGAGACAAUGCUUAAGUAUUAUGGCCAUAUUUCUGUAGAACAUACCAAGGCCUCUUUUCAAGAUCUCGUUACCAAGGUGGAUACGGGAAAUCAGGAAUAUGUAAAGAAAUAUAUGGCUGAAAAGUAUCCUGAUCAUGUACUUUUGGGAGAGGAGGACGUUGAGUGGGGUCACGACCUGGAAGCGAUCAAUGCCGUUUCGGACAAAGAGUGGAUUUGGAUCGUUGAUCCCCUUGAUGGAACAACCAACUACGUGUACAGCCUUCCUCUGAGUGUUGUAUCGAUCUGCGUAGCCCAUAAUGAGAUCCCAGUAGUUGGCGUCAUUUUCGAUCCUUACCGCAACGAAAUGUUCACCGCAAUCCGUGGACACGGAUCUUUCGUGAACGGAGUUCGCAUGCAUGUUCGAGAUGAUCCCACUCUCCAUGACAGCGUUGUGGGAUUUGCUACCAAUUACAUCGAAAAGGUCCGCAAGGCAAUGAUGCGCGGAAUCUGCGCCGUGAGCGACCAUGCUCUGAGUAUCCGUAAUGUGGGCAGUGCCGCUCUGCAUUUGGCGUGGGUGGCUGCUGGCCGACUCACUGGCUACUUUGAACUCGCUCUGCACCCUUGGGAUGUGUCCGCAGGAUGUCUGAUGGUGCAGGAAGCUGGAGGCAGAGCGGGAAGCACUCGCGGAGAGGAUUACAACAUUCGCGUGUUUGAUAUGUUGGUUACCAAUGGAAAGAUCCACGAAGAAAUGAUUAGAGUUCUGAAGGAAGCGAAUGCGGAUCGUGUGGACGCUUAA